CAGCUGAACGGAAGCAGGGCUGUAAUAAGUAAAUAGCUUUCCUUUCUGGGGAGUGAGGUCUGAUCUCCAGUCACCACCUUGCUGGCAAGGUUAGAGCUCAGAGCACUGCCACCCCUCGGCCUAGAGCAUUCUGUAAGGGACACCAGUCUAAUUAAUUAAUGACUCCCCAGGGCUGGCUUUGCGACUGCUGGACUGGAAAGCAAGGCUGCAAGGAGUGGAAAGGACUGUACGGGGUAGCUUCUGGCAGAUGCUGAGACUGCUGCUGGAAGCUAGCUGGCUAUCAAUCACUCUUCCUGCUUGGGCUCCAGGACAGAGAGCAAGCAAGAGAGAGAGAGAGAGAGAGAGGAAAUAAGAUGGCGUGGGAUCAGCAUCCUCUCUGCUGGCAAAGGUGCUCGGCUCUCCUGCUAUCUUACUCCAGAGCAGCCAUGAGCCAGUUAAUAGAGGCCACCACUGAACCCCCCAAAAAGAAAUCAGACCCCGUCACUUCUGAGACCGUGGUUUUCUGGGGGCUACGCCUCUGGCAGGUGAUUGGAAUCUUUGCCAUCUUUGUCCUGGCCGUCAUUAUAACCCUGUGCUGUAUCUUCAAGUGCCGGAUUCCACGAACAAAGAAAGAGAUUGAGGCCCGGUAUGCACAGCGGCAGGCAGCCAAGACCUAUGCAGACAAACUGGAGACUGUACCACCACUCAGCGAGCUGACAGAGAUCCCUGGAGCUCAUGUGGCAGAAGAGAAGAAAGAGGAGGUGCCCACCGUCUCAGGGAAAGUGGACAGGGCCCAAGGCAAGAAAGAACGUUCCAAGGGAUCCAAGAAGAAAGAGGGCAGAAAGGAGCAGAAAGAAGGGUCCAAGAAAGAGGGGAAAGAUGAGACCAGAAAGAAGGAAGGAGGAAAGGGUGCAGGUGAAAAGAAGCAAAGAGGUGGAAGGAAAGGUGAGAAGGAGAUGGACACAGCUAAGGCAGGAGGCAGCACCAAGGUUGGCAGCAAAGCUGGGGGGAACACCAAGUCCUCAGCAAGGAAACCCCAGCAAAAGAAGUGAUCAGACCAACAGCAGAACUGCUGAUAUCCCCUCCCCCAAGCAUGCAGACCUGAUGUGGAGAGUGCAGUGCUAAUGCCUUGGACCUGGCACGGUGGGAACACGGAGGAGAUAAAAGCCUCAAGUUGUGGAGGGACAUCUGGAGCUACUUGAUUGAUUUCUUUAAAAGCAAAAUCGCCAUUUCUACAGAGGUGAUGUUUCUGCCAACGGAGAAUCUGCCUCGUUGGCUAGAAAGUUACUGGUGAACAGAAUGUCCCGUACAGUGCUGAUUGUGUUCCAGCAUACAGAUUGGAGUGAGAAAUAGGAGCACAGAUGGACUCAUACCAGCACAGAGCUGCCAAGAGCUAGAACAUCAGGAGCGAGUCUAUCUUGCAAUCAGAGGUGUGACUGCAGCAGGUCUAGACACACCUGAGCUAGCUUCGAUUUAGCUGGCUCGAGUACCAAUAGCAGUGAAACUGCAGCAGCAGGGGGCUGUACAACCCUGCCUGGGAUCCUGGGUAUAUACUUGAGUGGCAAGCUCA